AUGGAUUCUGAUUCGAAUCCUUCCUUUAAGAAAAUUGUCUACAGAGAGUAUGAACCAUAUUUUCAGAAAGAAAAACCACGAUCCAAAACUUCAGGACUUCUUGGGCCUACUUUAUAUGCUGAAGUUGGAGACAUGGUGAAAGUUCACUUUAAGAAUAAGGCAGACAAGCCUGUAAGCAUCCAUCCUCAAGGAAUUAAAUACAGUAAAUCCUCAGAAGGUGCUUCUUACUCUGACCAUACAUUCCCUGUAGAGAAGAUGGAUGAUGCCAUAGCUCCAGGCCAGGAAUAUACCUAUGAGUGGAAGAUCAGUGAGGACAGCGGGCCCACACACAAUGACCCUCCAUGCCUUACACACAUCUAUUAUUCCUAUGAAAAUUUGAUACAGGACUUCAACUCUGGGCUAAUUGGACCUCUGCUUAUUUGUAAGAAAGGCACCCUUACUGAGGAUGGGAUGCAGAAGAUGUUUGACAAACAACAUGUGCUGAUGUUUGCUGUGUUUGAUGAAAGCAAGAGCAGGAGCCAGUCAUCAUCUUUAAUGUACACAGUCAAUGGCUAUGUGAACGGGACGAUGCCAGAUAUCACAGUUUGUGCCCAUGACCACAUUAGCUGGCAUCUGAUCGGAAUGAGCUCUGGGCCAGAAUUGUUCUCCAUUCAUUUCAAUGGCCAGGUCUUGGAGCAGAAUCAUCAUAAGAUCUCAGCUAUUACCCUAGUCAGUGCUACAUCCACUACUGCAAACAUGACUAUGAGUCCACAGGGAAAGUGGAUCAUAUCUUCUCUCAUCCCAAAACAUUUUCAAGCUGGGAUGCAGGCUUACAUAGACAUUAAAAACUGUGCAAAGAAAACCAGGAAUCCUAAGAAACUAACUCGUGAUCAGAGGCGGCACAUGAAGAGGUGGGAAUACUUCAUUGCUGCAGAGGAAGUCAUUUGGGACUAUGCACCAAUAAUACCAGCGAAUAUGGACAAAAAAUACAGAUCUCUGCAUUUGGAUAAUUUCUCAAACCAAAUUGGAAAACAUUAUAAGAAGGUUGUCUACACACAGUACCAAGAUGAGUCUUUCACCAAACGUUUGGAGAAUAUGAAUAUCAAAGAAGAUGGGAUCUUGGGCCCUAUUAUCAGAGCCCAGGUCAGAGACACACUCAAAAUCGUGUUCAAAAAUAUGGCCAGCCGCGUCUACAGCAUUUACCCUCAUGGAGUGACCUUCUCCCCUUAUGAAGAUGAUGUCAACUCUUCCUACACUUCAGACAAUUACACCAUGAUCAGAGCAGUUCAACCAGGGGAAACCUAUACUUAUAAGUGGAACAUCCUAGAGUCUGAUGAACCCACAGAAAAUGAUGCACAGUGCUUAACAAGACCAUACUACAGUAAUGUGGAUGUCACAAGGGACAUUGCCUCUGGGUUGAUCGGGCUACUUCUAAUUUGUAAGAGUAGAUCCCUGGAUAAGCGAGGCAUACAGAGGGCAGCAGACAUCGAGCAGCAGGCUGUGUUUGCUGUGUUUGAUGAGAACAAGAGCUGGUACAUUGAGGACAAUAUCAACAAGUUCUGUGAAAAUCCUGAGAAGGUGAAACGUGAUGACCCCAAGUUUUACGAAUCAAACAUCAUGAGCACGAUCAAUGGCUAUGUGCCUGAGAGUAUACCCACACUCGGAUUCUGCUUUGACGACACUGUCCAGUGGCACUUCUGCAGUGUAGGGACCCAGGAUGACAUUUUGACCAUUCACUUCACUGGGCACUCAUUCAUCUAUGGAAAGAGACACGAGGACACCUUGACCCUCUUCCCCAUGUGUGGGGAAUCUGUGACUGUCACAAUGGAUAAUGUUGGUACUUGGAUGUUAACUACAAUGAAUUCCAAUUCAAGAAACAAAAACCUAAGGCUGAGAUUCAGGGAUGUUAAGUGUAUCCGGGAUGAUUAUGAAGACUCAUAUGAGAUUAUAUAUGAACCUCCAGCAUCUACAGUCAUGACUACACGGAAAAUGCAUGAUUCUUCAGAAAACAGGGGUGAAGAGGAUGAUGCUGACUAUGAUUACCAGAACAACCUGGCUUCAUGGUUAGGAAUUAGGUCAUUCAGAAAUUCAUCACUGAAUCAGAAGGAAGAUGAGUUUAAUCUUACUGCCCUAGCUCUGGAGAACAAUUCUGAAUUCAUUCCUCCUAGUACCAAUACAGCUGUUAAUUCAAAUUCCUCUUCCCUAAGUAACAUUAGCAGGCUUAUUGUCUAUAACUCUGCAAAGCCUCAAAAAACUCUUCCUCACCCAGCAGCCACCAUAGCUGGUCCCCCUCUGGGACACAUUGGCUUAGACAAGAACUCAGCUCUCAACCGUUCAAAAGCAGAGCAUUCCAGCCCUUAUUCUGAAGACUCUAUGGAGGAUCCUCUACAGUCAGAUAUCACAGGGAUAAGUCUACUUCCACUUGAUGCAGAAGGAUUCAGGAGUCAAGAACAUACUAAGCAUAAGGAAUCCAAGAAAGGAAGAGAGCACACAGCAAAGCAUAGGUUCUCCCAAGUGGGAUUUUCAGCACAUAAAACUGGGCGACAUUUAAGCCAAGGCAACUCUUCUCCUUCCAGAAUGGGACCCUGGGAAGACCUUCCCAAUGAUCUGUUACUCUUAAAACAAAAGAAUCCAUCCAAGAUUUUGAAUGGGAAAUGGCAUUUGGUGUCUGAGAAAGGUAGUUAUGAAAUAGUCCCAGAGGCUGAUGAAGACAUGGCUGUUGAUAAGCUGCUGGACAGCCCCCAGAAUGCCUCAAGGACUUGGGGAGAAAACAUCCCUCUCACAAACAAGCACAGAAAGAAGAGUGGCCACCCAAAAUUUUCUGGAAUUAGAAAGAAAUCUCUACAAGUAAAACAGGAUGGAGGAAACAGUGGAUUGAAGAAAAUCCAUUUUUUCAUUAAAACACGAAGAAAGAAAAAAGAGAGGCUUGCACACCAUAUUCCUCUAUCUCCAAGGGGCUUCCACCCUCUGAGAGGAAAGGCCAAUACCACAUUUUCAGAUAGGAGACUUGAUCAUUCAUUGUUACCCCAUAAAUCCAAUGAAACAUCUUUUCCCACAGACCUCAAUCAGACAUUCCUCUCUGUGAAUCUUAGCUUGUCAGACUCACUUCCUUACCAUAAUCACAAUCCCUCAAAUGACACCAGUCAGACAAGCUCCCUUUUAGAUCUUUAUCAGACAAUACCCCCAGAAGAAUAUUAUCAAACAUUCCCUAGUCAAGACUCUGGUCAAAUGCACUCCACUACAGACUCUAGCCACACAUCUCCUCCAGAGCUUGGCCAGAUGCUCGACUAUGACGUAAGAAACAAGCCAUUCCCUACUGACAUUGGUCAAAUGUUCCCUUCCUUGGAACCUGAAGCCUGGCAGGCAACCAUUUCUGCAGAUCUCAGUCAACCAAACCUUUCCCCUGAUCUCGACCAUACAACCCUUUCUCCAGACCUCAGCCAGACAGCAUUUCCUCCAGACCUCGACCAGAUAACAUUUUCUUCAGAUCUCGACCAGACGACCUUUUCUCCAGACCUUGACCAGACAACCUUUACUCCAGACCUUGACCAGACAAAACUUUCCCCAGACCUCGGCCAGACAACCUUUUCUCCAGACCUCAUCCAGACAACCUUUUCUCCAGACCUCAGCCAGACAACCUUUUCUCUAGACCUUGACCAGACAACCUUUUCUCUAGAUCUUGAUCAGAAAAGCUUUUCUCCAGACCUCAGCCAGACAACCCUUUCCUCAGACCUCAGCCAGGAGACUCUCUCAUCAGACAUCAGCCAGAUGACUCUUUCUCCAGACCUCGAUCAGAUGCUCCCUUCCCCAGACCUCAACCAGGCAACUCUCUCUCCAGACAUUAGCCAAACGGCCCUUCUUCCUGAUCUAGAGACAUCACUUCCUCAGACAUCCUACACCUCUGAAUCUAGUCAGUCAGUGCUUCUUCCAGAAUUUGGUCAGACUAUCCCUUAUCCAGACCUAGAUCAGAUGCCAUCUCUCCCACUAUCUCCUACCCUAAAGAACACUUUUAUGCCAAGAGAACUUAAUCCACCCAUUGUAGUAGGCCUCAGUGCAAAUGAUGGAGAUUAUAUUGAGAUUAUUCCAAGGCAGAAGGAAGAGAGCAGUGAAGAAUACAUUGCUGAAAUUGAUUACGUGGCCUAUGACAACCCUUACCAAACUGAUACUAGGACAGACAUUAACUCCUCCAGAAAUCCUGACAACAUUGCAGCAUGGUACCUCCGCAGCAACAAUGGAAACAGAAAAUAUUAUUACAUUGCUGCUGAAGAAGUAUCCUGGGAUUAUUCAAAAUUUGCUCAAAGUGAAGACAUUGAUGAUGUUCCAGAAAAUACCAUAUACAAGAAAGUAGUCUUUCGAAAGUACCUUGAUAGCACUUUUACCAAACGUGAUCCUUUGGGGGAGUAUGAAGAGCAUCUCGGCAUUCUUGGUCCUAUUAUUAGAGCUGAAGUGGAUGAUGUCAUCCAAGUUCGUUUUAAAAAUUUAGCAUCCAGACCAUAUUCUCUUCAUGCCCAUGGGCUUUCCUACGAAAAAUCGUCAGAGGGAAAGACUUAUGAAGAUGACUCUCCUGAAUGGUUUAAGGAAGAUAAUGCUGUUCAGCCAAACAGCAGUUAUACAUAUGUAUGGCAUGCCACCACUCGAUCUGGGCCGGAAAAUCCUGGUUCUGCCUGCCGGGCUUGGGCCUACUACUCAGCAGUGAACCCGGAAAAAGAUAUCCAUUCUGGCUUGAUAGGUCCCCUUCUGAUCUGUCAAAAAGGAGUACUUGAUAAGAGCAACACACCGGUGGAUAUGAGAGAAUUCAUCUUACUUUUCAUGGUCUUUGAUGAAAAGAAGAGCUGGUAUUAUGAAAAGAAGGCCCAGUCCCCAAGGCCUUGGAGACUUGCAUCCUCAGAAGUAAAAAACUCCCAUGAGUUUCAUGCCAUUAAUGGAAUGAUCUACAACUUGCCUGGCCUGAGAAUGUACGAGCAAGAAUGGGUGAGGUUGCAUCUGCUGAACAUGGGCAGCUCCAGAGACAUUCAUGUGGUUCACUUCCAUGGCCAGACCUUGCUGGAAAAUGGCACUCAACAGCACCAGCUCGGGGUCUGGCCCCUGCUGCCUGGUUCAUUUAAAACUCUUGAAAUGAAGCCAUCAAAAUCUGGCUGGUGGCUCCUUGAUACAGAGAUUGGAGAAAACCAGAGAGCAGGGAUGCAAACACCAUUUCUCAUCAUAGACAGAGAAUGUAAGAUGCCAAUGGGACUAAGCAAUGGUAUCAUAGCUGAUUCACAGAUCAAAGCUUCUAAGCAUUUGGGUUAUUGGGAGCCCAAAUUAGCAAGAUUAAACAAUGGUGGGUCAUAUAAUGCUUGGAUCACAGAAAAAUCUUCAGCAGACCUUGUUUCUAAACCUUGGAUCCAGGUAGACAUGCAGAGGGAAGUCGUAUUCACAGGGAUCCAGACUCAAGGUGCCAAACAGUAUCUGAAGUCCUACUACACCACAGAGUUCUCUGUGGCAUACAGCUCUGACCGGACAAACUGGCAGAUCUUCAAAGGGAACAGCACAAGGAAUGUGAUGUAUUUUGGUGGCAAUUCGGAUGCCUCUACAAUAAAAGAGAAUCAGUUUGACCCACCUAUUGUGGCUAGAUAUAUUAGGAUCUCUCCAAUUAGAUCCUAUAAUAGACCUGCCCUUCGAUUGGAGCUGCAAGGUUGUGAGGUUAACGGAUGCUCCACACCGCUGGGUAUGGAAAGUGGAAAGAUAGAAAACAAGCAAAUCACGGCUUCCUCGUUUAAAAAAUCUUGGUGGGGAGAUUACUGGGAACCCUUCUGUGCCCGUCUUAAUGCCCAGGGUCGUGUAAAUGCCUGGCAAGCCAAGGCAAACAACAACAAACAGUGGUUACAAAUUGAUCUGCUCAAAAUCAAGAAAAUAACUGCGAUUGUAACACAGGGUUGCAAGUCUCUGUCCUCUGAAAUGUACGUGAAGAGCUAUAGCAUCCACUACAGUGACCAGGGAAUGGAAUGGAAGCCUUACAGGCAGAAAUCCUCCAUGGUGGACAAGAUUUUCAAAGGAAAUAAUAAUAUCAAAGGACACGUGAAGAACUUUUUCAACCCACCAAUUAUCUCCAGGUUUAUCCGCAUCAUUCCUAAAACAUGGAACCAAAGUAUUGCGCUUCGCUUGGAACUCUUUGGCUGUGAUAUUUACUAGAAUUGAAUAUUCAAAGACAUAGGAAGGACUCUUAAAUAAGAUAUCAAGCCAUUUGGAGCGGGCAAUGUAUUUUAUAGCUAUUUUAAAUGUUAAUUUUCAGUAUUUCCUUUUUUUCUAUUAGAGAAUAAAAUUUUAUAUAUGAAACUUUCAUAAUGUAAACUCCUUGCCACAAUUCAGUGAGAUGGUAACAAUUAAUUCUUCAUUAAUCUGAAUAUAGAUGGGAAUGUAUCAAGAACCAACAAGCAAAUGGCUUCUUUCACAAUGAUUAAAAAUGCUACGUAAAGUAAUAUUUAUGUAGUUAGCAUGCUUCAUGAUAGUUCUUUUAAAACCUACACACACUAAUAAAAGAGAUAUUACUUUUUAAAAA